GGGAAAGAGACGGCCGGGAUGGGUUUGCUCCCUACUUCGAGGACUCGUGCAGCUAGCGAGAGCCUCAGCACCUGCCUCCCUGCCCGGGCAACCUCGGCCGCCGCCGGGACACCGAGCCGUCCGCUCUCAACCUCGGCAGAGCACAGCCCCAGGUGCCUGGGCUGGAGGGGAGGAAGGGCUCAGCCGGUCCCGGUCGCGGCGGGAGUGAUCCGAGGCGAGUGCGCGGGGCGGGGCGGUGCUGCUCGCCCAAGCCCAGCCCCUCUCCGCAGCCCGACUCGGUGGCGCUGGCCGCUCCCGCUCCCCCCGCCCGGGCUCUUUGUCGGCGGGUGCCGGUGGGGGCCCGCAGCGCCAUGUCCUCCCCCAAGAACGGCUUCUACCGGCAGGAGAUCACUAAGACCCUCUGGGAAGUGCGGGACCGCUACCGGGACCUGCAGCCGGUGGGGUCGGGCGCCUACGGAGCCGUCUGCCGUCGAUGGAAGAAGUGGUACCAAAGUGGCCAUUAAGAAAUUGUACCGCCCGUUUCAGUCUGAACUCUUUGCCAAGCGAGCUUACCGAGAACUGCGUCUCUUGAAACACAUGAAGCACGAAAACGUCAUUGGAAUAUUGGAUGUGUUCACACCAGAUGUAACACUGGAGAAAUUUAAUGACUUCUACCUCGUCAUGCCAUUUAUGGGAACAGACUUGAGUAAGAUAAUGAAGCAUGAGAAACUAACUGAAGACCGAAUCCAGUUCCUGGUAUAUCAGAUGUUGAAAGGCUUAAAGUAUAUUCACUCAUCAGGCAUAAUUCACAGGGAUCUAAAGCCUGGAAACUUGGCAGUAAAUGAAGACUGUGAAUUGAAGAUUCUGGAUUUUGGAUUGGCAAGGCAUACAGACAGUGAGAUGACUGGUUAUGUGGUUACAAGGUGGUACAGAGCUCCAGAGGUCAUACUUAACUGGAUGCAUUAUACUCAAACAGUUGACAUCUGGUCUGUGGGCUGUAUAAUGGCUGAGAUGAUAACAGGGAGGCCUCUGUUCAAAGGAAAUGAUCAUCUGGACCAACUCACAGAAAUAAUGAAAAUAACAGGUACACCAACUCAAGAUUUUGUUCAAAAAUUGCACAGUCAAGAUGCAAAAAACUACAUCAAAAGCCUCCCAAAAGUCCAGAAGAAAGAUUUUGCAUCCAUCUUGAAGUAUGCGAAUCCUUUGGCUGUAAACCUUUUGGAGAAGAUGCUGGUGCUGGAUGCAGAGAAGCGAAUCACAGCAGCUGAGGCUUUGAUGCAUCCUUAUUUUGAACCAAUUCAUGAUCCUGAAGAAGAAAUUGAAGCUGAGAAAUACGACGACACAUUUGAUAACAUGGAUCUUCCGCUAGAUGAGUGGAAGCGUAUUACACAUAAAGAGAUACUGAACUUCAAGCCACCACAGACAUCGGACUCAAAGGAGACAGCAGUGUAAUUGUAUGACUCAAUCUUUUCAAAGCUCUGAAGAAAGCGUGAAAGUUGUAAAUGUUUCUGACAUUUCAGGUGUAUAAAACUUUAUAAAUAAACUGUACGUAAUCUGUUUCA